AAGCAAGGGUGGAAACCGCAAAGGUUUAGGGUUUCUGUCUCCCGCUUCCAGAGACUUCCACGCCGCCGUCUCCUCUCCCCUUCAUCCGCUCCCCUCUCCUCUCCGUGAAGAAUCCGGCAGCCGGCGGCGGACGGCGGGCGGACGGCGAGUGGCGGCAGAUCAGAGCCAGAGCAGCGGCGGAGAGAGAUGGCAGGCAUGGGCGACAUGCCGAUGAGGCCGCGGCCAGGCCCGCCGAUGCAGCACCGCGGGCCGCCUCCCAUGGCGCGCGCACGCCCCGAACCCAUCGACCGCGAGAAGACCUGCCCUCUCCUGCUCCGGGUGUUCACAAAGGUUGGUGGACAUCACGUAAAUGCAGAUUUUGCUGAGAGAGGGAAGGAGCCUAAAGAUGAAGUUCAGAUUUACACGUGGAAGGAUGCCACACUCCGCGAGCUGACUGAUCUUGUAAAAGAGGUUGCUCUUCCAGCAAGGAACAGAAAUGCUAAGUUAUCUUUUGCUUUCGUGUACCCGGAUAAGAAUGGUCGCUUUGUUGUCAAACAGGUGGGUACAACAUUUUCUUAUGGUGGAAGAGGGGAUGAUACCAAAUCUCUUGCGGAUCUGGGCUUCCAGAUAGGGGAUUACUUGAGCGUUUCGAUCAUCUGAGCGAAGAAUAGUUGUCUGCUCUACACCAGGCACACUGUUUAUUUGUUGCGUAACCUGAAGCUGUGCGUGCGAAGGGAUGAAACUCUCCUUAGUACUAGGGGUUUGGAACUAUUAACUGCUGUAAUGUUGGCAACUUGUCAAAUUAACUCUGUAUCUGAGCACCAAGAUCUGCAAUGUGGUUGCGUAUUAUUUA